AUGGCCUGCCGCUCAUUUACGAAGCAGCUUUCCGGCGCUACCGGCGUGGCUCUGCUGCUCGUGGCCGCGUCGCUCUCACAGCUACCCUCGACCACCCGCGCAAUUCCAGUGACCGAUUUAGAAUCACCCUGGAAGCCGUACGACAUCCAUUCCUCUCUCAUAAAGCAUCUUUUCGCGCUGGACGGGACCAAAGACAUCGCCAACGUGACGAUAUUCCUCCCGCAGCUAGACGCCCUAUACGCCGCGGCUGCUUCCUACCCCAGGCACGAUAACGCCACCCGCGAGUUCGACCAGGCAAUCGCCGACGCGCUCGCGUGCAUGUACGAAGGGGGCGCGUCGGGAGAUCAGUGCAUGGUCGGGCAAAACGUCUCUGCGGAAGUUGCGGGAGUGAUGAAGAAAAUCUGGAAGUUUCAGAUUGUGAAACAGUACAUUCCGCCCUCCGUCGCGAUGCAAAAGUACUCAUCUAUAGACAACCAUUGGAAGCUUCCUACCAUGCAUGGACAACCGCUCUGGAUGUCAUACAGUCCCAAGUAUGGCGGCAUGUGGAACAUCUCGGGAUUGUCGCCCCUGCAGCAGGCCAGCUCUCUGUUUCCAAGAAGCACGAUCGUCAACCACUACGGCCACGUGGUCAAUGAUGGAAGCCCGUAUGCUGCCGCGCUGGUGGAGAGUGGGGAUGUGCUGUUUGAUAGUCCGAGCGGCAGGGUGGUGGUGUAUAGAAGUGAUGCUCCAUACGACAUUCAUUCCUCGCUCAUUAAGCAUCUUUUCGCGCUUGAUGGAACCAAAGACAUCGCUAACGUGACGAUACUCCUCCCGCAGCUCGACGCCUUAUAUGCCGCGUCUGUUUCUUACCCUAUGCACGACAACGCCACGCGCGAGUUCGACCAGGCGAUCGCCGACGCUCUCACGUUCAUGUUUGAAGGGGGCUUGUCAGGAGAUGACUGCCACUGGGUCGUAGGGAAAAACCCCUCUGCGGCGGUUGCAGGAGCGAUGAAGGAUAUUUGGAAGUUUCAGAUUGUGAAACAAUACAUCCCGCCCUCCGUCGCGAUGCAGAAGUACGCAUCUGUAGAUGGCCAUUGGGAGCUUCCAACCAUGCAUGGACAACCGCUCUGGAUGACAUACAGUCCCAUGUAUGGCGGCAUGUGGAACAUCUCAGGCAUGUCGCCCCAGCAGAGGUCCGGCUCGCUGUUUCCCAUGAGCAAGAUCGUCAACCGCUACGGUCACGUGAUAGAUGAUGGAAGCCCGUAUGCAGCCGCCUUGGUGGAGAGUGGGGAUGUGCUGUUUGAUAGUCCAAGCGGCAGGGUGGUGGUGUAUAGAAGCGAUGCAGUUCUUAUCCCUCCUAGAAUGCAUGCUCUUGGCGCGUAUGCGGGUACGAACGCGCAUGCAUCCAUGCACACACACGUGGGGGGCCGCGCGCUCACGCGCGUGCGUGCUCGACGCAUGCUGCUGUAA